GCCUGUCAAGGCAACGUAUUCACCGCAGUCAGUUGGCUGCAAUCUCACCACGUGUCACAAGGAUUGUGGAGCUGCUGAGUGCGUUGUGAAGGACGGCCAGCAGCAGUGCCAGUGCCCCGAGGGCCUCGUCUUCAACGCAGCCAAGAAGCUCUGCCGCGACCCGUUUCCUACUC